UAAAGAUGGAAACAAUGGGCUUCGAAUGAAGGCCCUUUUGUAUGUGUUGAAGAUCUUGCUUGUUUGAAUGAGUGGAGUCCGAAUUCACCUGCACAAGAGCAAAGUCACUAGCCUCGGGGGUGUUUCCGAGGAAAGCCCCUCCGAUGCCUAAGUAAGAAUGAUGCUCGGAUUCUAGAGAGAAGUUCUCUAGAAGAGUAGUCUUAAGGCGAUAAAUUGGACGUACCUUGAGGUGUGAGCCUUGGCGGCCUAUUUAUAGUGUUUGCAUAAUAAAUGCCCAUAGGUCACUUAUUGUUAUUGGGCCUUGGGCCUUAAUGGAUGGCUGAAUAGCCAUUGGUAGGUUUGAUGUUGUUGUUUAGAGCCAUUGGGCUUUGGACUUAGUGGCCCAAUUGAGAAUCAAUUGGGAGCCCAAACAACAUGCCCCCCAGACCCGGUCCAUUUAGAAUUAAAUGGGUGGGUUUCCAGCUGUCAGAAGUCCGAAAGUUCCCUCUCUUUUUUGAAAAGGGAUGAUUUGCAUUGAUGACAAGUGUUGGGAAUUGUACUGUGUCAUGGAGAUCGUGGGUUUGAGGAAGUUGAUGCGCCCUUUCUCUUUUCUAUAAAUACUGGGUGCCUUGCUCCUUUUAAACUUUUUACUCCUUAUUUCAAACCCAUUCUCUCUCUAAAUUCCGGCGAUCGCAGUGCAAUUUGCUUCUUCAGAUCUACGAAAUUCGGCCAACUUUAGACUUCGGGAACUUGUGUUGUUCGCUUUAUCGGCGAAUUCCGCUUCGGAAAAAGGUAAUUUGUUUCUGAGUUCUCCUUUUUUCUUCGUUCUUCCUUCUACCCCUCAAUCUAAACCCUAGAUCGAGAUUUCGCGACCAUGGCAAAGAAUAGGGGCAAAAACAAGUUCGUUGUUGGCUCCUCUAGUGAGAGAGAGAACGUGCCUUCGGGGAGGUUACCGAAAUCUUCGAGGGGUCGACCUUCGGAGAGGCCGUUGGAGAAGAGUUCGAUUGGUUGGGAUGCUUCCGAAGAUGAACGUGCAACCUCUGGUGAGAGAGCUGGCUUUUCGGGUGUUCGUCGUCGUUACUCCGAGUUUCCAGUUCAUUGGUCGGAAGCUGAUCCGAAGGGCAAGUAUGCCUCAAUUUUGCAUGAGACCACGCAGAUCGACGGUCCGUUGGAGAAAUCGGUCAGCGGUGACUGGUUGGUGGAAGCGAAGUUAGGGAAUUAUCAUCGGAAGGCCGAGGAGCUAUACGGAAUUCAGCAUGCCUUGGGGUACUGGUGCGAGCUUCCUGAACAAGAGCGUCCUCGGGUGACUCAUCCACCGAGGGGGUUCAUUUCCGUGUAUACUCACCAUUUGGAGAAUGGUCUCCGCUUUCCUUUGGAUCCGUUCGUAUCCGAGGUUUUGGUGUCGUACAACAUUAGUUUGGCCCAGCUCACACCCAAAUCUAUGAGGCACAUAAUCGGAUUUAGAUGGGUGUGUGACUUCGUCAAUUUCCCUUGCUCUGUCGCUAUUUUUCGGGAUCUUCACGAUCUGGUUCUCAACCAUGCUUCCAAGGGUGAUGGGUAUGGUUGGUGGACCAUUGUCAACAAGAAGUCCCGAAAGAGGGGGGAUCCGAACUACAUCACGGCGUACCCCUACCUUAGCUCUGACCACAAUUGGAAGACGGAGUGGUUGCUCGUCCGUGUGCCGACGGAUCCGAAGCAUCCCAACUUUUAUCGUCCUCCGAAGUGGUUCGUGGCUCCUGAUCCUGAUAUGAGGGGUGUGGCGGCUCCAGAUCGGAACCAUCGCCACUAUGUGGACCUCCUCCAGUGGUUCUUGGCUCAAGAGGAUAACCACCGACUGCCGUCUAGCUGGCUCCCGAAUCUCAAUUACAUUCUGAGGGAGGACAUUCUUGCUGUUGCCGGUCUCAGCAGGAUUUUUGACAGGGAGUACGGCUUUAGCUGCAUUGAUCCUAAGAAGUUGGGCAUUUCUUUGGAUUUGAAGACUAUUCACGACCCGGCUCCCGAGUACAAGUUCGGAAAAGAUAACCCUCGUAAUCCUCGUCUGAAGGAUUACGUGUUGUCUCCUUUGGGGGUUGCUCGGAUAUCCGAAGUUCGAGCUGAUCCGUGGGAUUCCGCCUCUUCUGUUGAAGCUGUUCCUGUGAAGGUUGUGCUUCCUGAGUUGAAGACGACUUCGGAUCCGGUGAGUGUUCAUUUAUAGGCUCGAUUUUCUGUUUAUCUUUUUCUUUUCGGUUGGCCGUCGGCUAACGUCUUGGUCCUGGACCAUCUUUUUAGGGUCCUGGGACUGACGCUGUGCCGCGUGCCG